AUGCGCCGGGCUUGCCUUCGCGGAGGAGGCCGCGAUGCCGUCACCGGCGGAUCUCCCGCCGACGCCGCGUCGACAGGGCGUGCCCCGCUGCAGGUCGCCGCUCCUACGCCCCCGCACCGCGCUCGAUUCGACGCGCCGCGCCGCGCAGUCGCUGUAUGCCGCAGCAGUUGCAAGAUCAAGGCCCUGCGCGCCAAGACCAACACGUACAUCAAGACGCCCGUGCGCGGCGAGGAGCCGGUGUUCGUGGUGACCGGGCGCAAGGAGGACGUGGCGAAAGCCAAGCGCGAGAUCCUGUCCGCCGCCGAGCACUUCUCCCAGAUCCGCGCCUCGCGCAAGAACAACCUGGGCGGGGGCGCGCUGGGCGUGAACGCGUCGGCGCCGCCGGGCCCGCCGGCCAACGUGCCGGGCCACGUGACUAUCCAGGGACGCAUGCCAGGUGCGGCGGUGCCGUACCUAGGCGUGGUCGGGCUGGUGGUGGGCGCCCAAGGGCGCCACACACUCCAAGCGCAUCCAGCACGCAAGACGCAGACGUACAAUCGUGACGCCGGGCGCGACAAUGAGAGAGAUGUUCGAGGUGACAGGGGCUGCCCGAGAGCGGUGGAGACGGCGCGGCGCCGAGAUUCGAGGCGCACAUCGCCAUGCGCACGGGCGCGCGGGCACGGUGUCCGCGGCGGGCUGGGCCGGCGGCGGGCGCGCUGGGCGGCUGCUGGGCGGGGCGGGCCUCAUCGACCGACUCCCUGA